AUGGUUUCGAUUCCGCGGUGGACGAAGGAAGAUAACAAGCAUUUUGAGAUUGCUCUGGCGCAAUUCCCGGAGGGCUCGCCGUCUAUUUUGGAGAGUAUCGCCGAGCAUCUGCGGAAACCGGUGGAGGAGGUGAAGUUCUACUACGACGAUUUGGUCUACGAUGUUGAGCAGAUCGAAACAGGUAAGGUUCCUUUGCCCAAGUACCGGGAUGAUGAUGACGAUUACGUGUCACUGAAGAAAGCGGCUGAGUCCAAAAGCCAAGGCACGGGGAGAAAGAAGGGAAUUCCUUGGACACCAGAGGAACAUAGAUUGUUUCUGGAUGGACUAGAGAAGUACGGGAAAGGAGAUUGGAAGAGCAUCUCGAGGGAAUGUGUGAAGACAAGGAGCCCGAUGCAAGUGGCAAGCCAUGCUCAGAAGUAUUACUUAAGGCAAAGUUCUGACAGUAAGAAGGGGAAACGCUCGAGUAUCCAUGACGUGACUCUGGGACAUGCGGACAAUGUAACCGUUCCUGGGUCCAACUUGAAGUCUAUGGGACAUCAGCCACAUUUUGGUGACCAAAUUCCUCCGGAUCAAUAUUACCAACACUACUCGCAGGACAACUUCGGGCUUUUUGAUGAUGAUGCUCAUGGUGGGUGUUUACCAAGCUAUGAUGAAUUAUAUUCUUACAAGUUUUGA